AUGGCGCGAUAUUUCAGCGGCGAAGACAUCGAUGAGUUCAGGGAUUGUUUCUUUCUCAUCACUCGACACAACGGAACCAUUAAUACCAUCGAUGAGCUCAAGACUAUCAUGAGAUCACUCCAAAUGAGUCCAACCAUAACAGAGUUGAAGCAAUACUUUGACCAAAAAGGAGGUAAACUGAGUUUCGCUGACUUUCUGGAUGUAAUGCAUUGCCAUUCAGUCAAAGAGAAAGUCUCGCAACAAGUGUUGGACGCGUUUCGGGCCUCAGACUGGACUCGAAGCGGGACUAUAAGUGUCUCUCAAUUGAGACAUUAUCUCAUGGAUUGCGGCGAAGCUAUCGAUGAAAGACUAUUCGAGAGUCUGUUGAGAGAGACCAACACAAGCACAUCACCCAACGCUUCCAUCAAAUACCAAGACUUGGUUCGCAUCAUAUGCUCUCCCAUUCCUGACUAUUAG